AUGCGUCUCGUGUCCAUCUAUCUAUCUAUCUAUCUAUCUAUCUAUCUAUCUAUCUAUCUAUCUAUAUGUUCUCCCUCUUUAAGGGAGGGGGAUUUGUUUUGUUCUUUUUGGGGUUUUUUCCCGCCUUAUUUAUUUUAUUUUUGUUUUUCUUUAAUUUUCUAUUUAUUCACCCCCCCCAUUCAUUUGAUUUCUUUUAAUCAUCUACCUUUUUCCUUUCAUUAUUUUUUUCCUUUUUUCUUCCAUUUUCCGUUCUUUUCUUCUAUUUUCCCCUUUCUUUCUUCUCUUUAUUUUCUUCUCUUUCCAUUUCUUUUCUUUUCCCAUCCUUCUAUUUUUCCUUUCCUUUUCUCUUCUUCCCUUUUGCUUGUCAUUUCUUCUCUUUUUUCUUGUAUAUCUUCUUUUCUAUCUUCUAUUUUGUCUUUCUUUUGUUUUUCUCUCUUCCAAUUUUGUCUUUCUUUUCCCUCUUUUUCUUUUUUCUUCUUUUUCUCUUUCUUUUCAUUCUUUUCUUUUCUUCCAUUUUUCCUUUCUUCUGUUUCCUCUUUUCUUUUCUUCUCUCUUCCUUCAUUUUUCUCUUUCUUUUCUUUCUUUUCCUAUUUUUCUUCUCUUUCUUACCUUGUUUCUUCCUUUUUUCUUUUCCUUUUUCUCUCUUCCUUCUUUUUCUCUUUUUCUUCUCUUUUUUCCCUUCCUUUUCUUCUCUUUUCCCUUCCUCCUUCUUUUCUUAUCUUUUUUCUUCCUUCAAUUUCCUCUUUCUUUUCUUCGCUUUCCCUUUUUCUUCUCUUUUCUCUUUCUUGUCUUGACUUUUCCACUUAUUUUUCCCUUUCUUUUCUUCCCUCUUUGUUCCUCCCUUUCUUUUUCUUCUUUUCUUUCAGCUUUCCUUUGUCCGUAUCUUAUUUUACCAGCAGCAGCGUGGUGUCAAAAUAUUCUCGCCGAGUCGAGCGCCGUAAUUUUGUUCGAUCAGCGCUCAAAGGCUGCACCAGCAAUAUUGGUAUCAAGCAAGCUGUAAAAGAAAUCCAGGCUGCUUCAAUCCCAAAUACAGAUGGUAAAACUGGUAGGAUACACUAUUGGAUUAAAAACAUGAAAAUAAACUCAUUUGAUAUAAAAUCCCAUUCUGUGGUUUUUCUACCUGCACAAGGUAUCAGAUACAAAAUCGCUGGUGUCAACGUGUUUUUUACAGGAGAUAUCCUCGGGAGUAACCAACGCGGGGAAUUUUUUGUCAGUACCAGUGCAAGUUUUGAGAUUACAGAUUCGGGAAUCGCUAUGGACAUGACCCUCAGAUUUGGUUUAGACAGCGCCACUGGUCGUCCCACAGUAGUGGUUGGUGACUGUCAUUCAAAUGUUCCAAGACCUAAUGUGAAAUUUCAUGGUCGUUUGAGCUGGUUGUUGAAUCGAUUUUCUGGCAAGAUGGGAGACAUAAUACGAGACAAAGUUAGAGAUAAGAUCUGCAGUUCUUCAACAUUAAUUGAAAUCCAGUCUAAGAUUAACAAAGCAUUCGAAAAAAUACCAACCAAUCAAACGUUUUUGAAUGAUUUCACAUUGAACUUCAAAAUGUUGAAAAGUCCUGAUAUUAAAACAGCAUCUAUGGAUACCGAGCAUAAGGGAGAAGUUUUCUGGGUUAACAAUCCCAAGGAGUGUCCAAUUCCAGUGCGUCCAAUGGAACAGCUACCUGCUUCCACAGAACAAGCAAUGGCCUCUCUCCAGAUAUCACCAUAUUUGCUUAACUCUUUUGCUUAUGUUGCCUACAAGAACAAAAUUCUUCAGUAUAACGUAAAUUCUAAAAAUAUUCCAAAGGCUGGAUUACUGAAUACAACAUGUCAAAGUAUGUGUAUUGGGAAGCUGAUUCCUGCGUUGGGAGAGAAAUAUCCUAACCAAGAAGUGUCCAUCUUCAUAGAAGCAACAGAAAUGCCAGAACCCAAUGUUGUAAAUGGUGUCUUUACUUUGGAUGGUACCAUUACUCUUACGAUUUACCUUUCAACUGACAGUCCAAACAAACCGCUUCUUAUCAUUCCAGUGAAAAUUCACACAGUUUCUGCUGCUAGCAUUGAGAAGCAAAUUGUCCACUACAAUAUUUCUGAACUGAAGUUGGAUUUGGGAUUAGUGAAAAAAGUUAUACCACUUAAAAUCGACGUGGCGCAGCUGCAACACACAAUUAACUUUGGGAUCAAUGCUUUUGUUAUACCUUGGAUUAAUGCAAAAGGGAGAACUGGAUUUCCUUUACCUGGAAUUAUACCCCAAGUGAAAAUCGCCAACACGCACUUACUACUUGGGCAUAAUUCAGCUAUUUUUAUGACUGAUUUUGCAUUCAAUGGUUUCAAUAUUGGAACUGCAGAAGAAGGUGACAGCUUGUUUCAUUGGUUGAUGCGUAGUUUUGGUUUCCCUGGUUACAAAAUGCUGUCUUCCAUUGCCCAAAUAAAUAUGACUUAUUAUGAACCUGCUUCUGAAUCUGGAGAUCUUUUAUGUGUGAAAAAUAUCAAAUGUAUGAGUUAG